AUGUCUAGCCAGUCUUACUACCAGCAACCUCCUCCCCAAGGGUAUCCACCCCAGGGCUACCCACCUCAAGGUUAUCCGCCUCAGGGCUAUCCUCCACCGGUAUGGUCCUCACUGCACUUCGACACUCCUGCCCUGCACCAAAACGAUAGAGCAAUCACUUGA